UCAGUUGUGAUUCUGUUCAAACUACAGGCUUGGAGAAAGGAAGGCCUUCGCUUGGGUACUACAAGUAAUGAAGCCGCAAAAAUGUAUGAUGCAACUCUUACUCAGGUCUGUGUCAAAAAUAAUCUUAUGAAAAUAGUAUAUUGUAAUAAAUAUUAAGGUGGAAUCCAUCAGGAAAUUGAGUAAUUUUAAUUUUCAGUAGACAACAACCUUGUAUCAGAAUAAUUUAAAGAAUAUUGCAAUCUUUUUUACAUUCUUCAAGGGCUAUAGAUGUAAUUAGUUAUCUGUAAUAACACGGAAGACUAUUUCUCAUGGGAGCCCGAGAAAUUAAUUAUGUCAAAUUUUACAAAAUGACAUCUUGCACAUGAAAUUUUCAGAAUUUUACCUGUGUUUUCAUAAUUCUUGUGAAAUUUGACAUUUUUUUUCUUGGGCUCCCAUGAGAAAUAGUCUUUGGUGUUAACAGAUAACUAAUUAAAGCGAAUGUGAUAUUGUUUAAAUUAUUCUGGUACAGUGGAACCCCGCCUUACGACCACCCCAUUUAUAAGACCACCUCGUUAUUACGGCCAUACUCUUUCAAACCAAACGUAAAAACCAUUGAGUCAUUUUAUUAUUUUGAAGACCCUGUUAAUGCGACCACCUCGUUAUUACGACCAGGAUUUUAUGGCCCAACGGUGGUCGCAUUAACGGGGUUCCACUGUACAAGGUUUUUGUCUAACAUUGAACAUUACUCAGUUUCCUGAUGGAUUCUGUCUCAAGUUAAUUUGAUUAUUUCCUAGAUUUAAUUUAAGUUACCAUAGUCUUACCAAUUCCCAGUAGGAUUAGAUCACAAGAGUAUCAAUCCAGUUACUACAGUCACAGACGUACAUGGUGCACCACAGUCUCCCCCCCCCCCACCCCUACUGCCCAAGACAAUUAGACCACUCUACUGGGGUCUACAUUUCCUAUGAGAGGAGGGGUGUGAGGGAGAUCAGUUCUGUGUAUAUAUUCUCCUGGAUUUGAUAAGAAAGGGCCAGUCCACAAUAUGUUAUGAACUCCUUUUCUGGUCCAAAACAACUCCAGUCAAUCAUUUUUUUUAUGAGUGUAUUCUUUGAUAUUUUGCGUCAAUAACGUGUUGACGUACAAUGAACAUGUUGUUUACAAUUUAUUGCAACACCAGUCAACAACAGAUUCUUAAGUUUUUUGCAAACAGGCCAAUAACAUUCCUGAUUUGAGUGCUGUUUCCUGAGAGGUUAGAUAAGUUUAAAUGGUCUGAAGUUUUCAACGGUUGCAUCGUUGAUCCUUGAAUUUUAUUGUUCCGUUUGCAAAAAAACUUGAGAAUCUUUUGUUUGCAUCUUAAGGCUUUCUGAUUGAAUCUUCUUCCAAGUGCCCCCGUUCAGGCAGUCAGACUGUAAAUAUCUCUCAUUGUGUUCUACCAAUUAGGUAGAACAUGGCAAAUGUUAUUCAGAUAUGAAUGACUGCAGAUGACCAACUGUUAUUUAGGCUCUGACACAUAAUUAUCACUCCUUUUUGUGAUCUCAUUCGCCACUUUAGAAAUGAGAAAGAAACCGAGUCAAGUCAUUAAUUUUGCAAAGACUUCUGGUCCUUUGACUGGAAACAGGGAAAACAAAUUGGCCAAUAGCUGACUGGUGCAUCUCCAGUAACAAUCACAGAAGUCUUUGCAAAAACUAACUCAGCCCAGUCUCCUACAAAGUUGCAAAUUGAAUAUUAAUCGGGGAGGUGGGGGUGGUGUUACUUGGGUUAAUUUUUGCUGGGUGUGUGCCUGUGGCCUCUCGGAACCCCUACCCCAUCAUAGUCUAUCCAGUGGCCAAAUAUAGACCCCAUCUUAGUCACUUUAGGGGAAAUGUAAUUUUGCACUCCCCAUCCUGAAAUGAAUUGACAAACAGGUUAACUGUGAUGACAUGAACUCUUCCCAUUUUUAAAUCCAUAUCUACCUGAAUUUUCUAGUCCCCCAAAUCCCAAAAGGUGUGAUCCCAUUCUAGUAACUCUAAUAAAAAUACAGCCCAUUAUAGUCAACCAGUCAUAAAAAUGCUACCCCAUCCAGCGGCACAUCCCCAUUAGCCUAUUACUAGGAAGAACCCCCCUAUGGAUAUCGAUAGACUCCCUUGUUUUUCAAAUUUAGGUGAUUGCUCAUGCUGAUGAUCAAACUGUUGGAGGUUUGGAAGGAUCAGUUUCAAAGAUGCUUCAGGCUGAUCCUGAUUUUCGUAAGCGUCUCUUUUUUAUGUUUUAAUAUUGUUUUUGUUUUUUAAGUCCUAUUGUUUAGUUCCAGAAAAUGUCCAUACCCCCUUCAUAUUUUUUUAGAAGACAUUAUGGUAUUUUGUUUCUAUGAACCUUCCACUCCUUUAUUUAUUUUGGACCGGUAUUGUCUUGGCAAGAAUUUGUGUCUGGCUAUGUCAUGUACCCUGAUGAGAAAACUAAAUGUACAGUUGAGGCUCUCGUAAGUGACUACCUUGGAAAUUUGAAAAAAUGGUCGUAACUUAAGAGCUGGUCACCUGCAGGGAUGCAUAAGCUCUCAUAAGUGACUGCGUAGGGAAAUAAUAGAGGGUGGCUGCUUAUGAGAGCUUCAAAAACUCAUUAAUAAUUUAUAAAAGAAAAACACAAGAAAUCUUUUAUGUUUAAUGAGUGUCUUUAUAUCUGAUACAGACAAGGCGCAACUUUACGUCAAAUUUUUUACACUAAAUAACCCCCAAAUCAUUGUCAAUGAACCAUUUUAAAGUGCAGUCUUCAGUUUCAUGGUGUUGAUUUACACAAUGUAUAUGAAUAAGACUCUGAGUAAUCACUUACAAGAGCUUAAAAACAAAGGAAAAGUCCACUUGGGUAAUCCCAAAAGUGGUCGCCGUCUUUUACGGGAGUGGUCACUUAUAAUAGCUUUUCAUUACAAAGUUUAAGUCACGGUUUAAACGGGGUUUCACAAAGGUGGUUGUAACAUGGCCACUUACAAGAGUGGUCGCAAGGAGAGCUUCAUCUUCAUGAGGUAAAAAUUAUUAUAACAAUGAUAUUGACAAGAUGAUGAAGAGACUAAUGAAAAAGAAUACAAUUCAUUGAGAAUAAUUAAAUUCUUGUUAAUAUAAAUAAUAAUUAAAGCUUUUUGUGGUAUUUUUUUUUUCAGUCAUGGGUCAUGUUUUAGCCACUUCCCUUCAGCUCAAAGAUUCUAUGGAUACUAUUUUCUCCUUAUCGGCCAAAAAGGAGUUGACAGCAAGGGAGAAACUGUAUGUAGAGGCUAUAAAACACAUGUCAGCAAGGUAUUGUUUUUUCUUACAAUUAUUGUAUAAAACUAUUUAACCCUUUAAGCCCCAAUAUCCACAUACAAAUUCUCCAAACUGAUCUCUAUACAUUUCCUUUAAGAAUUAGUGAAGAGAAUUUGAUAAAAGAUCAAAGUGUUUUCUCUUCGGUGAUCAUUUUAUUAACUCUCAUAACCUCAUCUCAUGACAAUGUAUGGAUAUUGUUAGGAGAAAAUUGCUGUUGGUCACUAUUUGGACUUAAAGGGUUAAAUCAUACACUGUACUAAUUCUUACAGGGUGCAAAGAAAGUUAGUUUUACAGCUUGCCUGAAUGGCAAGCUGUCCAGCAUUUACUAGCCCAAAAUUUGUUUUAACUAGCUAGCCUGAAAAUACUUAAUUGUAAUUUGAAGUCCCCAAAAACAUGACUUGCUAUUGGGCAAGUUGAGAACAGAAUUCACUAGCCCAGUAGCAGAAUCUACUUUCUAAGCCCCAAGCUAUUGGACACUAGUUUCUUUACAUGCUGUCUUAGUUGUGUUAGAUUCAUAGUGUUUUCUUAGGGGUCAAAUAAAGCCUGAACCACGCCCAGAGUUGGUCCCCUGUCGGGGUUUCAUUCCAGUUAUUCAUUUGGCUCUGUUUUAAACAAGCGCUGAACUGGUAUGACUCAUCACUGCAAAGGCUCUAAUAAGGGAUUGUUUGGAGGGACAGUAAAAACAUUGCCGACAGUAGCACACCACCUGAUAAAGACGCCCUCAAGGUUAUUCUGAGUAAAAAAGACAUACCUGACAGUGCAUCAGGGUUUUUUGGAAUUCUUUAAUAUUUUAUUGAAGAUAAGUUGCAUUUCUGAAACUACUAGUAUUAUCACUGUUUGGAACAUGUUACAUGUAAUAUUUGUAGUGUGCCGCAGCAGGAUUAGCUCAGUCAGUAGAGGGCUUGACUGCAGCAGAGCUGGAGGUCAUGGGUUUGAUUCCUAGAGCCGGACAAUUACUCAGAGUCUUAAAAUAACUGAGAAAUGAAGGUACUCCCUUUGCACUGUGCAAGCGGAUUGACCGUCACGUGGCUUAGAUAACCAUGUUAAAUGGUGGUCCCGUCUCAAGUUGUAGACAUGAAAAUAGUGUCCCCAGUUAGUACUGUCGUGCUUUAGAAAUACAUUUACGCUCAAGAAAAGCGCGCUUUUUUAGCUUUGUUGACCCUCAUGCUGUCUCUCCAAACAAUCCCAAGAGACCAUGUAGUGGCAUAUGGUACACAGUUUUUCCCUCAUUUGGAACAUGGGGAAUUGUCAUUAAACCCGCCUCCUUAAGAUUAGAGUUAUUCCCCCAUAUAGUUAAAAAUUAUUUCACAGUAGGUAAUUUCAUUACGUCAACAUUGCCUAAAGUCCUGCUUUUACUCUGACUUGUGCUUUGAUUUUCAGAAAUGUUAUCAAGGCACAAGAUUGUUGGGAUGAUAUUGUCGCAGAAUAUCCUACAGACAUCCUUGCCUUAAAGCUUCUUACGGAGUACAGCAUAUUCUUUGGUCCGAAAGAUCGGAUAAGGGACAGUGUUGCCAGAGUCUUGCCACAUUGGAAAAAGGAAAUGCCAUUAUAUGGGUAAAUCAGACUGUUUUUAUUACACACAUGUGUUUCUCAAUUUAGACUUAAAGGGGGCAUCUACAUGCAGACUUGGAGGUUAUUGGAAGUUGACAGGGUGGCUGGGCAGUUGAACUACAUUACAAUACAGCUUAAGAGACAGGCAGAUAAAUAGAGGAGUUAUGAUCUAACGAUAAUUUGAGCCAGGGCUAAAAGCGAAGCUCUUGUCAAUAUACUUAUAGUUUACUCAAACAAAAAAAUGGAAUUGUGCAAUGCUAAAUGGCUAUGGCAAUGCGAAUGACAAAAAAAAACUAAACAAUAGGUCUAAUUAGAAAAAGAACAACUUUGCACAUGCUGGACACUUUUUUGUACAUUUCUUUGCUGUUGUUUUGCACAACUACGUCCUCAAACUUCCAGUACAUUCCUAUAGUAACACGUUUUAUAGAGGAAAUGUUGCAUGUGUUUCAGUGUGUUCCCCCUACCACAUAUCGCUAGUGGAAAGUGUUUUCCCUAGUGGGGAACAAUUCCUAACUGUAUGUGUUCCCCUACCCGAAAAAACACAUGUCAUAUAGUAUUUCCUGUGUAGGGUAACACAUAUCACUAGGAUAUGUGUUUCCCAGGUAGGGGAACACAUAUCACUCGGGAUAUGUGUUUCCCAGAUAGGGAAACACAUGUCACUAGGGAUAUGUGUUUCCCAGGUAGGGGAACAUGUAUCACUCGGGAUGUGUGUUUCNGUAUUUCCUGUGUAGGGUAACACAUAUCACUAGGAUAUGUGUUUCCCAGGUAGGGGAACACAUAUCACUCGGGAUAUGUGUUUCCCAGAUAGGGAAACACAUGUCACUAGGGAUAUGUGUUUCCCAGGUAGGGGAACAUGUAUCACUCGGGAUGUGUGUUUCCCAGGUAGGGGAACUCCUAUCACUAGGGAUGUGUGUUUCCCAGAUAGGGAAACACAUAUCACUAGGGAUAUGUGUUUCCCAGGUAGGGGAACACAUAUCACUAGGGAUAUGAGUUUCCCAGGCAGGGGAACACGUAUCGCUAGGGAUAUACAUGUGUUUCCCAGGUUGGGGAACACAUGUCACUAGGGAUAUGUGUUUCCCAGGUAGGGGAACACAUAUCACUAGGGAUAUGUGUUUCCCAGGAAGGGGAACACAUAUCACUAGGGAUAUGGGUUUCCCGAGUAAGGGAAACGUAUCACUAGGGAUAUGUGUUUCCCAGGUAGGGGAACACAUAUCACUAGAGAUAUGGGUUGCCCAGGUAGGGGAACACAUAUCACUAGGGAUAUGUGUUUCCCUGGCCGGGAAACAUAUUACUAGGGAUAUGUGUUUCCCAGGUAGGGGAACACGUAUCACUAGGGAUAUGUGUUUCCCAGGUAGAGGAACACAUAUCAUUAGGGAUAUGUGUUUCCCAGGUAGGUGAACACAUAUAACUAUGGAUAUGUCUUUCCCAGCUAGGGGAACACAUAUCACUAGGGAUAUAUGUUUCCCAGGUAGGGGAACACGUAUCACUAGGGAUAUGUGUUUCCCAGGUAGGGGAACACAUAUCACUAGGGAUAUGUGUUUCCCUGGUAGGGGAACACAUAUCACUAGGGAUAUGUGUUUCCCAGGUAGGGGAACACAUAUCACUAGACAUAUAUGUUUCCCAGAUAGGGGAACAAGUAUCACUAGGGAUAUGUGUUUCCUAGGUAGGGGAACACAUAUCACUAGGGAUAUGUGUUUCCCAGGUAGGGGAACACAUAUCACUAGGGAUAUGGGUUUCCCGAGUAAGGGAACACAUAUCACUAGGGAUAUGUGUUUCCCAGGUAGGGGAACACAUAUCACUAGGGAUAUGAGUUUCCCAGGUAGGGGAAAACAUAUCACUAGUUAUGUGUGUUUUCCUGGUAGGGGAACACAUAUCACUAGGGAUAUUUUUUUUCCAGGUACGGGAACAGAGAAAAACAAAAGGGAUGUGUUUUUCCCUAGUAGGGGAACACAUAUCAGUAGAGAUGUUUGUUUCCCGAGGAAGCGAACGCAUAUCACUAGGGAUAUGGGUUUCUUAGGGAGGGAAACACAUAACUUAUAAUGAAAGUCUUCUCCUUUGUUUUUAUUCAUGCUGUUUGUUUUCUGUGUUAUUCACCUCAGUGUAGACAUUAAAAUUUAGUCGAAAAAAGGAUUCGGCAUUUGUUGUUUGGUUUUUCUCUAAAAGUUCUGGUGGCUAUGUGAUUUACCUCCAAAUUGUGCGUUUACCUGAAUGCAAAAUUAUACCCUGGCCCACAUGAACGGGUGGAAGUGCGUACGAUUUUUUCAGAACCGAACUUUUCAGUAAGGAUGCAGAGAUAAUAUUCAUCAAAGUUUUUUAUGUGCUAGAGCUCCACUGUAAUGAGACCACAAAACUUUUAACUCUGGAGAUAGCACUCUGUUGUACUUUUAUGGUGUACUUGCUCACCACAAUCAUUCCUUAAUACCAUGAAAAAGACUGUUCCUAAACAUUUUUUUAUUUUUAUCUUGUAGGUAUCUCUAUGGCAUGCAUGCAUUUGGAUUAGAAGAGACAAAUUUCUAUAGAGAAGCAGAGAAGCAAGCUCGUAAGGUACAGUGUAUGCAAUGAUUUUUAAAAUAAUUUGAUCCAAUGGAGGGUAAAACAUAUGCAAUGAAGUUUUUCCUUUUCAACCUGCAGCACAAAUUUAUACAACUUAUGAUUUUAUGGCUCCUGUCUUUCUGGGAACAAUGUAACUGCUACCCUGCGGGCAGAGGUUGCAUUUUCGCUGUGUGAGCUGGCGUGCGAAAAGUAGCCUCUGCCGACAACCGUUCAAUUUUCUAUCGUGCAUGCGCGAAAUUCGUCACGCGAUUCGCAAGCAAAAUUUUGUCGUCGGGUCUGUCGUCAAAUGCUGCGACUUUUGCGGAAAGAAAAAAAUUGCGACAACUCUGAUCUGCUACGCAAGACUCACGCAAUGGUCUAAACCGAUCAAGAACAGGAAAAAAACCCUUUUUUUAAUUUAUUCGUCGAGAUUUCUGGACGGAUUUGAACGGUUGCAAGUCGGCAGAGGCUACUUUUCGCACGACAGCUCACACAGCGAAAUUGUAGCCUCUGCUCGCAGGUUUUGUAACUGCUAGAGAGGUAUUUCAAAGUCUGUAAAUGUCCUUGAGCGUGCGUAAGGGGAUAAAUAUUGACUAGUGGGGUGUUGACAGCUGUUAACUGUCUGUGUGGCAUAGACAUACUGGCAUAGCCACAGUACGGUAUUAAGCAAUCAUAAUAUAAUCAGACCCAACUUAGCGGACACCUGCUAAUACGAACGCCUCAUUAUUACAGACAGUUGCUUUGUCCCUGGAGAAAGAAAGCCCUUACCUUUUUUUCUAAAUUCAACCGGCUUAAUACGGACACCCCGUUGAUAAAAACACUUUCCAUGGUUUACUGAAUCUCUGCAAUAACAGUGUUUGACUGUGCUAAAAUAGACUAUGUUGCGUGUGUAUUGGUUGAUGUUUAUAAUAUCGUUACAAAGUUUCUUUAAUCCCUACCUCGUCCCCCGGCUUGUCUCGCCUGCUCGCGUGUUCUCCAAUCCCCACUUAUCUUUGGGAAAGCCUGUGGAGGGGGCCGCUUUAAUCCCCCGUUUUUUUUUCUCUUCAGGGACUAGAGAUGAUUCCCAAGGACUGUUGGGCUACUCAUGCCUUAGCCCAUGUUAUGGAGAUGGAGGGACGGCAAGAUGAGGGGAUUGAGUUUAUGAGCAAAACUCAAGAUGAUUGGGUGGUACGUGUCAGUUUCUGUGAAAAUCAGUAUAUUUUAAACUUUGAGUUUAUCAGCUUCUUGUGAGGUACAUUGUAAAAUACAGCUGUAGGCCAACAUUAAGAGAUGCAUCUUGGAAAACUUCACACAUGUAUUAUAAGUUGUCUUUCAACAAGUCUCCAGAUACGUUGGCUGCAGUUUAGUGGCCACUUUUGAAGAAGUGAGAAUGACACUGUUUCCUAACUACCUCUUUGGGAACCAAAACACGGCAGACGCUCAAGUGGGCGACCAGUAAUAACAUUCAUUGACCAACUACAGAGUGACACCGGUCUUAUAUAUUGCAUCUGUCAUGCGAUCAUGGGCUACAAACGGGGGAGGGAUAGACUAAUCAAAUCGAUGCGGGUGCGCCCGAAAUAGAUGGAGGAUAAGUUGUAAAAUCAUUAUUUUUUAAUUUUAUCCCUUUCGGUCUUCUGAAAAAAAGGUUUUAUUUUAAGAAGAGAAAUUUUAUGAUGACUAUUUUAUUUAAUUUUCUUUACAGUCAUGUGAGUCUCUAUCCAGUCACAAUUUCUGGCAUUGGGCUCUGUAUUACAUCGAAAAGGUACAGAUAUUUUGUAGAGUUUCAGGCUAAAAGGCUAGUGCAUUUCACACUUCACUUCAAACAGCAUGAAAUUCUAUGCCUCUUCCCUGUGUAUAGCCCUCCCUUGCGCGCAGGCAAGUUCUACAAAUCUCUGUGUGGAGGCUAUUUUGAGUGGAGAUGUGUUACAAUAGCUGUUGAUUACUUAAUUCGUGUGACGUGGCAGGCGUUGCGUUUGAAAGGGAAUGGAAAGAGAAUUUUGGUUGCGUGAGAAGCGCGAAGGGCGUGGCAGGCGUUUGAAAGCCGGGAAGGGAAAGAGGAUCAAGCUGUUGAUUACUUAAUUCGUGUGACGUGGCAGGCGUUGCGUUUGAAAGGGAAUGGAAAGAGAAUUUUGGUUGCGUGAGAAGCGCGAAGGGCGUGGCAGGCGUUUGAAAGCCGGGAAGGGAAAGAGGAUCAUCGUCUCGCACCCAAAUAGUUAGACAGAUUGGUUGCCAAGUGUCAUAAAAAUGUCCUCACAUAGGGGUUUGAUUUGUGUGCUUUGAUCUUUGUGCUAGUUUCAGUGAAACUGUCUUUACCUGAAUCGUAUGUUCCCUGCAAGCGAACCUGACUUGAAACAUGGUGGCAGCUGUGGGAUUCGAACCUACGUCAUAAAUUUUGUAAUAUGAGUGUGAAUCAGAUGUUUCUGUUUAGUCCGCAACAUAGGCGAGGCAGAAGAAAAGAACCUAGAGUUUUCCCUACAGAAUUGAUACCCACAAACCUUCAAUUAUCGUGAAGGACAUCCCCUCCAGCAGCCCUACCUACCCCUCCCUCCAAAAAAAUGAGCUCUUCAAGUGCUGAAUAUACCGUCGCUUUGUUUGUUUAUUUCUUCACCAGGGAGAUUAUGAAGGUGCUUUAAAUAUAUAUGAUAAUGAGGUAAGUUCUGCUAAUCCACUGACUAAAAAGCCCGUUUAGAACGUUAUGGAGAAGUGCUCAAUAACUUUGAUUUGAAUAGUCAUUGGUGACACUUGAGGAUUUUAUCCCGACUUAAAGUUUAAGUUAGAACUGCCCUGUUCUGCAUAAUAAACUAUGCCUCUGUUAAUUCAAUAGCCUGUGUAUGGCCGCCCCCUCCCCCCCCCCCACCCCCUAAGAAUCGUGGAGUUCAAAACAUGACGAUUUUUCAGAAGCGCUCUUCUUUUCUUUAAACUCCACAGACAAUUUCUACAAAAUUAGAACCACUGUACACGAAGUAGUAAUCAAUACCGAGGGAGAGUACCCGUGUUAAAUGCUGUUUGAAACAAUUCAGUGUUUUGUUUACAGAUUUUGCCGAGAUGCGGUGCCCAGAAGACGUUUCAGUUGUCUGAUGGUUCUUCUCUGUUGUACCGAUUAACCUUUGAAGGUUAGUCCUACACUUUGUAUUAUGAUAAUAUACCGUGACACUGUGAUACAGUAACUUCUGUCCAAACCAUUCUGAUUUUCCUUUCGGGAUCAUUUGUGGUCGACAGUAACCAUCAUUUACCUUCCUUCCGGGGUCACAUACGGUCUUGGUCGGGGAUCAUUUGCGGUCCAUUUUAGGGAUCACUUGCGGCAUUGUUUGGGGAUCAUUUGCGGUCUAGGUUGAGGAUCAUUUGCGGUCCAUAUUGGGGAUCACUUGCGGUCUCGGGGAUCAUUUGUGGUCCAUAUUGGGGAUCACUUGCGGUCUCCGUCGGGGAUCAUUUGCGGUACUGUACAGUUCUUUUCCUUUAUUGUCUAGGGGUUGAUGUUGGCGAUAGAUGGCAACAGCUGUGUCGAUAUUGGGAAAGCCAUGCGGAUGAUCAUUUUUUGGUGAGUGCAGAAUAUAUUUAGAGUUGACUCCCGAUAACUCGAACCUUCUAAGGAAAUCGAAAAAGGUUCGAGUUAUCGGGAGUUCGAGUUAUCAGUAGUUCGAAGCAAAUAACCGGAAAUAAGCAAAUAAGCAAAUGGAUGAGGAGGGAAUGCAACUACCAUGCACUUUUUACUUCAAGGACAGCAGGAAAAAAGGUUGAUAUUUUGGAAAAGGAAUUAACCAACAAAGCUUGAUUGAUAUACGGGGAUGGACUCUGAAUUUGAACUGGAGUGACAAAAAAAAAUUAAGACAAAGAAUUUGCACGGUUGUUUUGAAACAGAGUAGAAUGUGCUUGGGGUGGGGGGGUUCAUCGCCUGUUGUCCUCGUCUCAGUGUCCUCAGUACCCAGGUUUUUUUUGUGUCGUGGGAAACCGAUAUACUGCGGAGAAAUCACUAUCUAGCGGAUAAUUAUUAGUGAAACCAAUUGCGCUAUCCAGUGGAUCGCGUUAUGCACGUUCUGAAGGAAAUAACACCAAUCCUUUGCUGUACAGGCUUUUACAGACUCACACAUGAUGAUGAGUACACUGGGAGCUAAGAAUGAAGAGCUGACUGUGAAGCUGUUGAAUUCUUUGAAGACAUACGUUAGGUAUAGUAUAAUCCUGGAUAUGACAGGCCGCAAGUUGCGUUUGCGUUUGGGUCGGUGGUGGUGAAUUGACCUCAGUUUCCCGCGCAACCUCGUAAUAGCCAAUGAAAAAAGCGAUAGCGUCCUCAUACCAGUGGAAUUCGUUACAUCAACGGUUCAGGCAUACGCGCGAUUGCAAAUUGCCAGUACCUACUCCCACUCCACCUAACUCAUCCUUACUAAAGCAACUGAGUCGCUUAUUUAGACUGAGCUUAGAUAGAGUUAACCAAACUGCAGUUUUCAACCCGUUUCAAUUUAGCCGGCCUCGCCUCUUAACAUUUCUCUGAACGACAUCAAGUUUAGGGCUUCGGCCCACAAGUUUUUGUGUUUGUUUUAUUAUCAUUUUCCAGUUUACAUUAAAUAUAUACACAGAAUUUAGAAAGAUGAGGCAAGGGAGCCCAUGGAAGCCAAUAAGGCUUAUGAAAAGGACCAACGUUAAAAAUAAAAAUGACUUAAUUACUUAAUAAAAUACUGGCUUAGCCCACGAACUAUUCCACGCCAUUUAUAGCACAUUUGUUACACUUCGUAUAAAUAGUUUGCCCACCGUUAAUUCCGCGCAUUGGAAGGCCAUUAUUCUCCCCUCCACUUUAACCCUCCUCCGCCCCUCCCCCCAAAAAACAAUUAAAUUGUAUAUAAACGGACGAUCUGUAGAUUAAGGCUUUAGUACCUUUCCAAAGAAAUUGCCAUAUGGUUUCCUUUGUUUCACCAGCGAUAGUUCAGGUUCAAACUGUGAAAUAUCGCGUGAAGUUGGUGUCCCUGUGUGUGAAGCUUUUGUGGAGGCUGAUAAGGUAUGGAGAGAUUUCUAUUUUUUCGAAAGGGAAGUAACUAACGAAAACUGACAAUAUUUUUUUAGUAUGUUGUGGUAACAGAAACAUAUCAACCGUCUUUGCAGGGCAAUUUCGACAAGGCGGUGGAGAUAUUGAAACCUUUGCGUUACAAAAUCAACCUGUUAGGUGGAAGUCGAGCGCAGGUGAGGAAAUGUUGAUUGUUCUUUAGUUUAAAGAUACUGUUUAUGGACUUAUGCCUUGAGUGAAAACGUGCAGUUUCAGGAAGUUUGCGUCACUUACUGUCUAGUUUAUCAUCGUUUCCGUCCACCCUGAACGGUGUAAACGAUCUCCUAGCGGAUAACGUCUUCUUCAGUGUGGCGUAACCAACCUACGCUCUAACUGACUAAUCUUGUUAAGCUUUGCUUGUUAUUUUUGUACUUGCAAUUUUGUGGGUGUUUCUUGGCGUUGUGGAAACGUAGUAUGGGUAUGUAUUAUGGGUAAUGUUCCCAGCUGCCUUUUCACUCUUUGUUAUAAAACAUCAUUUAGUGAUCGAAUUUGCCAAGAACAAACUGAUGUUAAGAAAGGAAGAAUAUAACUAAAAUAACUUAAAGAGAGAACAUUUCUUUCUGGUCAUCCAGCAAGGGACAGCUUCUUUAUUUCUUCGCAGCGUAGUUUGAUAAGAGUUCUUUAUACUACGACUUUAUCUGUGCCAAGUUUUUAAAGGCAUUUCAAUACACCUUCUUUAGCGCGAUGUCUACGAGCUGUUUUUGAUCCACGCUGGAUUGCAGUCACAUCGUAAGCAAGAUCACCAGUUUGUGAGGUAUUUGAACGUUGUUUUUCGUACAAUGUUAUCUGUAACCGUUAUUGUGUUUCUCGGUAAUGAUGUUAGAAGCAUCGAAAUGUCUAAUCAUACUAUGCCUUGAUCAUUUAGCUUACGUUUGAGAUUCCAGAGGCCUCUUUCCUGGCAUUGUUAGCUCUAAGACGUUCAGAGGAUGGGAGAGUAGAACUUAGAAAGAUCCCGAGAAAAAAGUGGAUUCUCAACGUCCCCUCGAGACGAGGAACCUCUUAAGAGAAAAGUCGUUUUAACAAGAGAAAGUGUGUUUUAUUUGAUAUCCAAACACCGUGAGGUGAUCUGUAAAAACGAGCUGGAAAGGAGUUUUCUCUCAUAUCCAAAUGCAGAGUGAAAUUUUAAUCAUUAGGAUUGUUUCAUCGAUAUUUAAACCAUGAAAAUAAGUUGAAAACGAGGAAAGAACAGGAACCAACAAUUUCCAAGCGUCUAAAUGUCUAAAGCACUCAUUUAAGUAUUCUGUGGCAAUAUAGCUCGUCAUGACGAGAAAUUCUUACAAACAUCUAAAACAGAAGUUUGCAAAAUGUCUUUCUUUUUGCGUUUUUCUAACUAUGAGAAGUUGUGCUCUCAAGCGUGUAAACAUUCUUCCCCUUGUACCAAUUCUGGGAUCGUAACCACAGCCCUGAGAGUCCCGAAUAUGUUUUUCGGGAUCCGUGUUUUGCAUUAUUAAUACUUGGUGGGAUUCCGGAUUUUAAAGAAACAUGGGGGCGAGAUUCGGGAUUGAAAGCAUGCGUGGGAUGUGGGAUCCUGAAAAUAACCAUCGGGACUUACGGGAUUUCGCGAGAAUUUGGGUGGGAAUGACGGGAUUGAAGAACCAUAUUGAGGACUCUCAACCCUUAGUGCCCAGGUUAACGUCAGAUGAAUAAAUGAAUAUUUCAGUAAACUAUCGGUUGUUUUUUUGUUUUUAGAUGUUUGUUAGCCGAAAGAAAAGCAAAAAAGGAAAAGGCUCCCAUGACAGACCGACUGAUGGCCAAAGCACUUGCACUUCAAGUAGAUUAG